ACUCUUUAUUUAUACCUGAGGGAAGGAAUGGACGGGGUAUUAAUCUUUUUCUGGAAGGGAUUAUUAGAGCUCAUACUUUACUGAAAGAACUCGCAGCCAAACAAACAUCUAUGGUGCAUGAACAGAUUUCUUGUGAGGAAUUUUCAGGUAAGCACUCUAAUAGUGAGUGUGAUCUUAUCUCCAUGGGCAGAAACCACUCACAUCAGAAUGAUUUUUCUAUUUCGGGAAACUUGUUACAAGUUGAUAUUGAUCAUUCUGCAUCCUCUGAAAAAUCUUUCAAUUCUAUCAAGGAUAAUAUCUCUGAGCCUGUACCUGAAAUUGACUCUUCAUUAGUGCACAUUAAGGAUUUCUUUCAGAUUACUAUGUCGCAAGGGGUUGAUUCACUUUCUCAAUUUUUAAUCAAAGAGUUCGAAAGAAUUCUUGCCUCUUCCUUCAAUAACCGGGGAAAGUUGGAAGAGAGACUUGUUCAUGAAGAAAAAGAUACAAGAUAUGCGAACCCGAAUUUUUCGAGGGACUUUUUUUCAGAUGACCAAGAUAGUGAAGCUUAUGAGCAGUUCUGUACACACUCGGGGGAUGAUUUUCUUGGCCACGCUUCAGAAAGUGGGAAAAGGACUCCUAUUUCAUCGAUGGAGGAUUUAUGGGAUUCUGAUAUGAAUCAGGAUAUUUGCAACAAAGCCUUAUUGGUUACAAGAGAAAACUGUCUCCCUACAGAAAACCUGAACACUCAAAUUAAGAUUUAUAGAAAAACGAAGCAGCGGUCACAUCUUAUGAGAACUAGAUCCCAAACCAGAAUGGAGUUUUGAAGACUAAGGCUAGGGGUGAUCUUGGGAGGGAUUUAUGUUGUACUAUGGGUUGGGUUUUUUCUUUUUCUUUCUUCUUGUUUUUCUUCUUCCCUUUCUUGUAAUUUUUGACUUCCUCAUUAAUAAAACCCUAUUUUCCAGUA